AUGAACGCAUUUGAAAUAUGUCUCAUAGCCGUUGGCUCUGUGGUUGCUAUUUUUGGGGUGCUUUCUUGCUGUAGUACAGGUUACAAGAAGAAGCAAACAAGCCAAGCCACCGUCGUGCCUUCUUCGGCUCAAAAACCUAACCGCGGCGAUGUUGAAAGAGGCGAAGGCGGUGGACAGAAAGAUGGUGGGAUGGUCAUUCUGGCAGGAGCUGGUGCCGCUUUUGCUAUAGAUAGUAGCGGUUGUGGCGGGGGCUGUGGCGGCGGUUUUGGUGGUGGGGGCUGUGGCGGCGGUUGUGGUGGUGGGGGCUGUGGUGGUGGAGGCUGUGGCGGAGGAGGGUGA